AUGUGGGAGGCGAAGUUGGAGCUCGACGUCAUCAUCUGCAAUGCUGGGAUGAGCGCUUGCGAGAAGGGCGGGCAGUGGCAGCGGGCUUUGGCGCUCCUCAGCGAAACGUGGCAGGCGAAGCUGGAGCUCGACGUCGUCAGCUGCAGCGCUGUGAUCAGCGCGUGCGAGAAGGGCGAGCAGUGGCAGCGGGCCUUGGCGCUGCUUCGUGAGCUGUGGGAGGCGAAGCUGGAGCCGAACUCAGCUACAGCGUUGGGAUCACCGCGUGCGAGAAGGGCGAGCAGUGGCAGCGGGCUUUGGCGCUGCUCAGUGAUAUAG